GUCCAGGUUCCUGUUCAGAGACCACCAAGACAUGGACGAUUCCAUGCUCUCCGACCCGAGCACUGGCAUCUCCUCAAGUGCACACUGCGACGGCGACGACGACGACGACGAUCAGCUGCAGUCCAUGACUGCCAAGGGUAUAAAACAUCUCCGGUCGGAGCUUCUCGAGCUAAAGGCGGUGUCUGAUGAGGAGUUUCACCAGAACAUCUAUUCUAAUUAUUCAACCUUUGUUAGGGUAUUUGAGGAAGUCGAAAUGAUCGAGACGGAACUGAUUCAAUUGAAAGAUCACGCUACAAAUCAAAAGAGACUUGUGGAGGAGUUCAUUGAUCAGAUGGAUCUUGAAUUGUCAAUAGAGGACGCAAUGCAGCCGAUCGCCUUCAAACAUGAAGCCGAGGAAUCUAUCCUAUCGAACAUACAGGCUCAUGCCAUCAAUGUCCUAGACACUCUCGACCUUCUCUUAAUAGAAAAUAGAGUCGAUGAAGCUAUUGACAUUCUCGAAUUAGAGGAUGAAAAUUUCGCGAAGUUGAACAGAGAAGUGAACUCUUCGCCGAACAGUGUGCAGUCAUAUAAGUCUAUGAGAAGCGAGAGGAAAGUCAAGCUCGUAAUUCAGCUAACACAAUUGGCUCAGAAUCAAAGAAUAACUGCACCAGAACUUCUCAAGGCAUUGGUUGGUCUUCGAAGACUUGGCAACAGUAAUCUCGCAAUCCAGUUGUCGCUUCAAUAUCACCACUCACAUAUCGCGGCUGGAAUGCGCAAUCUACGACAAUCGAAAUCACUGUUGAAUGAAGUAUACAUACGAGAACUCUCGAAGCUAGCCUUCUCUUUGAUCUCUCAAUCGGCAAGGAGCUUUGCGAUGUUGCGAAGAGAUGUAUCGGGGUACAGCCUCGAAUUCGUCCGAUGGGCGCAUCAAGAAGUCGAAGCUUUCGUCGCUUACUUCAGCGAAUACAUAAAGUCAGCUUCCGAGAUAAGCGGCGGCCUGUCCAUCGCAAUACAAUCGAUGCAAUUCGCUUUGUCCUAUUGCUCUUUGCUAGAGAGGGAUCAAAAGUUAGUAUUGAGGCCAUACCUGAUUGAGCAAUUGCAACCUCACAUGGAGGAGGUUUUAGCAAUUCAUGUAGACCAUUUCAGGAAAGUGGUGGACAUAUUCACGGCUACUGACACUUGGAUACUCGGUAAGUACCUCAUCUCGGGGAUUUUGGCGGAAGGAUAUUCAUCUAUGGAAGUCGGUCAGCCGCCUGAAUAUUGUUUUCUCACGAGCAGCAGUCGCAAAAUAAUCACACUAUUACAGGCUGUUGCAGAAGAACUUUGGCCUUUAGUUGCAGCUCAGAUGGAAAAUUCAAUCAUCAGGGGACUCACAGAUCUGUUCACACACUAUACUGUGAUGCUCGAAAAGCUUGUAAUUGGCAAAUCAUUUACGCUAGAAAAAGAGAGAGAUCGCUCGAGCUCUGUCAAGAUAUUGACUGGACAAGUAUCUGCUUUGGUGAGUCUUUCGACUUUGGAAGGCCUUUUCUCCAGAAUACUCAGAAGCAGUUUCCGAACCGAUGGCAAAAUAACUCGUCGAAGCGAAGGUGAUGAGUACACUGCGUGUUUAUCAUCUACCGAAGAGGCGUAUAACCGGCUUCGAGCCUCUUUUUGUCGGGUGUUUCUAUCUAGAGUCACAUCUCGGCAGAGCAACGGGCAAACCAUAUCAGAAAUCGAUACCCGAGCAGGGAAUCACUCCAUCCAUGAUAUGAUGCCUUCAGUUUCGUUUCAGAUGCUGUUCUUGGAGCUUAGGGAUAUAGAAAAACUUGCUCAAGAAGAUGCAUUCGAGCAUAGUUGGGUAAUGGAGCUCUUGAGGGAGUUGACAGAAGCGAUAUUUUCUUGGAUGUCGAAUGAAGAAACGAACUCGGACUUCGACGACUGCGUUGCGACGACCCGAUAUCCAAAAAGUUUGGCAGAGCUAUUUAUCUUGGAUGCGCAAUUUAUAGCCGAAAUAGCAAGGCGCGGUGGAUACUUCUCUGAGGAUCCCUCGGCUCUGAUAGAUCUCUUGACGUCUGCGUAUCUCUCAGCUGGAUUGGAUCCUCGAAGGAACCCAACUGGCGAUUCUUGGGCCAUCACGGCCGCCGGUAAAGCAGCUGAAAAGCUAAUGGAGAUCGAGAAAAAUGAUGAUUUGACGAGACGGCGUGAGGAUGCCGUUGAAGACGGAGAUGAUCACCUUCCCGAGAACCAAUUAGCGAGCAAGAGCAGCCCCGGGCUCGGUGAUUCUACAAGCAUCAUAGCAGAUGAUAGUUCGACGUCGGAAGGGAGUUUGAGCGCCGGAGAUGCCUGGGAAGCUCCAACUAAUAAGAUGGAAGCAGACGCUGACCCACUUAACGAGCGUGCUCCUGUAAGCGAGAAGCGUGCAUCGGUCGACGACGAAUCCAAUGUGUUGUUGCCUCAUGAAGCUAUGAACACAAAGCAUCUUGAGGGUACGGACGAUGAUAACCUUAAGCCGCGACAGCUUUUCAAGGUAGAGAUCUCUGAUCAACAUGACGGGCUUGAUGAGGAGGAAGAGACUAACUAG